AUGUAUUACAGAGAAAUGGCAGAAAAAAACAACUGUAUCAACAAUCGUUAUAUUAUUAAUGAAUAUUUAGGUAGGGGAGGGUUUUCUAAAGUUAUGAAGUGUUAUGAUCAAUUGAGUGGUUGUCAAGUUGCACUUAAAAUGAUUUCAGAUAAAGGAUUUGAUGAUAGAAGAGAAAUAGAAAUAAUGAAAAUUCUUGCAUCUGCAACAGAUCCAAGAGCAAAUAUAGCAAUAAAAUACCUUGACUCAUUUACAUUUAAUAAAAGAGAUUAUAUGGUAAUAGAACUUGGUGGAAUUAAUUUAUAUGAUUUUCUUUAUGACAAUAGAGAAAUACCUUAUUCUUUGAGUUUUAUUAGAAGUGUUGCUCGUCAAACAGUUCAAUUUCUUUCAUAUCUUCAUUCUAGAGGAAUUAUUCAUUGUGAUAUAAAACCAGAAAAUAUAAUGUUAAAAAAAGAUGCUUAUGAAGUUGUAACAAUUACUGACGAUACUUGUGCAAAUCCUGAUAUUGUAAAAUACCAACAUACAAGAAUUCCAAUACAUGAUGAAAUAAAAGUAAUAGAUUUUGGAUUAGCUACUUUCUCUGAAAAUAGAUUGCAUUUUAGUACUGUUGGAACUCGUCCAUAUUGUUCACCUGAAAUGUUACUUCAAGAUGGGUGGUCAUAUGCAACUGAUCUUUGGAGUGUUGGUUGUACAUUAUUAGAAAUGUACAUUGGUUAUCAAAUUUUUACAGGAAAAAGUGAAAGAGAACAAUUAUUAAAAAUGGAAAUGGUAUUAGGAAAGUUUCCACAUAUAUUAUCUCAUGACAGUCAUUAUUUUUCUAAAUCAGGGUAUGUCAUUUGUGAAACACCUCAUAAUUUUGAUCCAUCACCACUUCAUAGACUUAUUGAUCAUUCAAGACAUCCUCAAUUUUUAGAUUUUUGUACUCAACUAUUAUGUCUUAAUCCUGAAAAGAGAAUAACUUGUACUAAUGCAUUGAAUCAUCCAUUUUUAAAUUAUAUUGAUUGA